UCUGUAAGCUCCUCCAGUUCCCUUUUCCUCCAUUUCCAUGGUUUUCUACUGCCACAAUUAAUUAUGGUUACUUUUCUCCAUAGAAUUAGAAAUUCAAUCAAAUUCUUGUUUAAUUACAAACAAGGGCCAAUCUCAAUAACAACCCAUCUCAGAUUCAUCUCAAAAACCCCAGAUGAACCCAUUAAGGAUCAAUCUUUAUCAACAAUCUCUUACCUCAUAAACUCAUGUGGCCUCUCUCCUCAAUCUGCCCUUUCUGCUGCCAAUAAAAUCCAACUAAAAGCCACUGAGAAUGCUGAUUCAAUCCUAAAUCUCUUCAAAUCACAUGGUUUCACAGAUACCCAGAUCACAAAACUCAUCACCAAGAGCCCAGCCCUUCUCCUAUCCAAUGUUGAGAAAACCCUGAAGCCAAAAAUCGAUUUUUUUGUCGAUUCUGGUUUGUCUUCCACUGAGUUGGCAAGCCUCGCUUGCAUUGAUACAAAUGUAUUCUGGUCGAGCUUACAAAAUAGACUCAAGCCCAAUUUUGAGCUGCUUAGUUCUAUGGUCAGGAAUAAGAAGAAGUUAGUUGUUUCUUUCUGCCGAUCUUCUCGUUUGCUUAGCAACAAUCUUGAUGCGAAUUUCUUGCCCAAUACUAGAAUCCUUCAUUUUUGUGGAGUCCCUCCUACCAACAUUGCCAAACUAAUCACCCUUUUCCCGAGGGUUCUGAUGAAUGAGACGGAGCGGUUUUCUACUAAUGUUGAGUGCAUUAAGAAAUUCGGGUUUGACCCGUCAACAUACCUCUUUGUUCAAGGAGUUUACGUGAUAUCGGGGACUACACCUUUGACAUGGGAGAGGAAGUUGGGUGUGUAUAAGAGUUUAGGAUGGUCAGAAGGAGAGAUAGUUUCAGCAUUCACUAAGUGCCCGGGGUGCAUGCUUCUAGCGGAGAAGAAAAUUAGGCAAAUGAUCGAUUUCUAUGUGAAGAGACUUCAUUGGAAGUCGUGUUAUCUGGUGGGAAACCCUAGGUUUUUGAGUUUUAGUUUGGAGAAGAGGGUCCUUCCAAGGAGUCGUGUUCUUAGUGUUUUAUCGUCAAAGAGAUUGAUAAGGAGAUAUCCAUGUGUACACUAUGGAGCUUUCUUAAUAAAUGAGGACAAGUUCUAUAAUAAGUAUGUGAGAAACUAUGUGGAUCAAGCCCCUGAGGUGCUUGAGGCUUACAAAGGAAAUUUAGAAUUCGUGGGAUUUAAGGGGGGACCAUCAACUGUACGAGGGUCAUAGUUAUGUUUCACAAUGCGUCUUUACUGUAUCUCUCAGCAUGUUGGUAGGGUCCAGAUCCUUUCAUUCUCUGGAAAAAUGUCUCAAGGAGAUAGAUUGAUGAACCAACUGAUGACAAGGAAACUCUGCCUUUUUUGUGGAGGAUACGUCAAAGAACUUAUUGGAAGUCAGUGGAGUAUUAUUAUUGUUUCUACAUUUCUAGUUCUUAAGUUAUUUUUUCUAUUUUCUUUUUUUAACCAAACAAAUAUUUUGAUGUAGCCAUAUUUCUAACUGAUUUAUUUGUUGCUGAUUUGGAAUUGAGAUA